AUGGCCAACCGCCAAAUCACAAGGCGCAUUCUGAUAAGCGCUUCUAUUUUGAUCUUCUUUCUCUUUGUCUUGUUCAUUCAACCCUACGGUCCUCCUAGUCCUUCUGUCCGAGCUCCUGGUCAUCUUGAGAAAUCAACACCUGUCAAAGACGAUCUGAUCAAAGGAGAUGUUGUGAUGCCUCGUUUAGGCAAUGAGACAGCAAAAGCCGAAUUAGGUCGCGCAACUUGGAAGUACUUCCACACCAUGCUCGCUCGUUAUCCUGAAGAUCCCACUGAGGAGCAACAAGAGACGCUCCACUCAUACAUCUACCUUUUUGCGCGACUCUACCCAUGCGGUGAAUGCGCCUCACACUUCCAAGGACAUCUGAAGCAAUACCCCCCGCAGGUGUCUUCCCGUAAUGCGGCGGCUGGAUGGGGUUGUUUCAUCCACAACGAGGUCAAUGCUAUGCUGGGAAAGCCAGCAUUUGACUGCAACAAGAUCGGUGACUUUUACGACUGCGGAUGUGGAGAUGAGGAAGAAGAAAGCGAGGGCAGUGGCUCCAAUAGCGGACACAAGACCGCUCCUCGCGAAAGUAGCUUCGGUGACGACACUAUCUCACCUGUGGAGAUAUCCCGGGAACCCAUCACACGCGGUGGAUAG